ACAGAGGAAAUGUUAAAAACAUGAGACGCAGGAGGACAAUUUCUGCAGGGACUCCCUGGCUUCUGGAGGAGAGGGAGGUAGGGCAGUGGACAGGUGGCGUAGGAGAGAGACACAAUGGAGUCUGGUUUCACCUCCAAGGACACCUAUCUGAGCCAUUUUAACCCUCAAGAUUACCUAGAAAAAUAUUACAGCUUUGGGUCCACACAGUCUGCAGAAAACCAGAUUCUUAGGCUUCUUCUGAAAAAGCUUUUCAAUAUAUUCUGUGUGGCUGGCGUGAAGGGAGACCUCCUGAUUGACAUUGGCUCUGGCCCCACCAUCUAUCAGCUCCUCUCUGCUUGUGAAUCCUUCAAGACGAUCAUUGCUACUGACUACACUGAUCAGAACCUGCAGGAGCUGGAGAAGUGGCUGAAGAAGGAGCCAGGGGCCUUCGACUGGUCCCCGGUAGUGACCUAUGUGUGUGAGCUCGAAGGGAACAGAGUGAAGGGGCAAGAGAAGGAGGAGAAAUUGAGGCGGGCAGUCAAGCAGGUCCUGAAGUGUGACGUGACCCAGAGCCGGCCGCUGGGGGCCGCCUCCCUGCCCCUGGCCGACUGCCUGCUCAGCACCCUGUGCCUGGACGCCGCCUGCCCAGACCUCCCCACCUACCGCACCGCCCUCAGGAACCUCAGCAGCCUGCUCAAGCCGGGGGGCCACCUGGUGCUCGUGGACGCCCUGAAGAGCAGCUACUACAUGAUUGGGGAGCAGAGGUUCUCCAGCCUCUCCCUGGACCGGGAGGCCGUCGAGGCUGCUGUGCGAGAGGCCGGCUAUGCCAUCAAGCAGUUUGAUGUGAUCUCGCAAAGUUAUUCUCCCACCAUGGCCAACAACGAAGGCCUUUUCUUCCUGGUGGGGCAGAAGCUGAGCAGGUCUGCAUGACACCUUGUGGCCACGUGAAGGCACUUCCUUGCCUUACCCAGUUGACUUCAGUCCUUGGUUCUAAUUGUUGCGGUCACUGUGCUGCGUAAAGGUUAAUGGCUAGGGCGUUGAGGGUUUGUCU